AUGCUUAAGCAAAUCCUAAGUAAAAUCCCUCGCAAAUCAUCAAGAUCCGAAACCACAACCGAUUCCUCCGCCGCCGCCGCCGACAACAACUCCAACAACAAUCCUCCGCCAGACGGAUUUCCCUUUACCAACAGCUGCAAUGUAGUCUCAGUCAGACUAAACGCCAUCAAAAGGAUGUCCUCCUCAAUCUUCCCAGCCAGCCUCACAACAACAACAUCAACAACAAACGCAGCAGCCGAAACCAUCAUAGACCCUGAUCUACCCUUCAAGAAUGUAUCAAAUUCCGACAAACAAAACCUAUUCAUAGCCAAGCUCAACUUCUGUUCUUCUUCCACCUCUCCUAAAACAUUCGAUUUCAUCCAUCCAGACAAAGAUCUCAAACGAAAAAUACUCAUAGAUCUAGUCGAAUUCGUGGGUUCCGAUUCAGCAAAGUUCACCGAAUCAUCAAUCGAAUCAAUCUGCAAAAUGUGUUCAUCAAACUUAUUCAGAUCUUUCCCACCCAAAUCAACUUCACACACCAACAACCGCACCGAAUCAGACGACGAAGAUCCAAUCUUCGAUCCAGCCUGGACACAUUUACAGCUUGUUUACGACAUACUCCUCCGUUUCAUCAACUCAAACUCUCUCGACAUCAAAUUGGCCAAGAAAUUCAUAAACCAUUCCUUCAUUUCUAAACUCCUCGAUCUAUUCGAGUCCGACGAUCCAAGAGAAAGAGACUGUCUCAAAACGAUCCUCCAUCGCGUUUACGGCAAGUUCAUGGUUCAUCGUCCCUUCAUUCGUAAAUCCGUCAGCAACGUCUUCUACAGAUUCGUUAUCGAGACCGAACGACAUAACGGAAUUGCUGAGCUUUUGGAGAUAUUUGGAAGUGUAAUAAGCGGUUUUGCUGUUCCUUUGAAGGAGGAACACAGGAUAUUUCUAUGUCGGGCUUUGAUUCCGUUACAUAAGCCGAAAACCGUUGGGAUUUAUCAUCAGCAGUUGACUUAUUGUAUCGUUCAGUUUGUCGAGAAAGAUCCGAAGCUGGUUAGUUACGUGAUUAAAGGUAUCUUGAAGUAUUGGCCCGUUACGAAUACCCAGAAGCAGUUAAUGUUCUUGAGUGAAUUGGAAGAACUCCUCGAGAUGAUAAACAUAGUAGAGUUUGAGAAAGUGGCUGUCCCUCUGUUUUCUCGAAUAAGAUCCUGUCUCAACAGCUCCCAUUUUCAGGUAGCGGAAAGAGCUCAUUUCAUGUGGAACAAUGACCACGUCCUGAAACUUAUAAUGCAGAACAGGCAAGUAAUAUUACCUCUAGUAUUCUCCGCCUUGGAAUGGAACACUAAGAACCAUUGGAACAAAACAGUUCUUAACCUGACGCAAAAUGUCAGAUCGAUGUUCAGCGAAGUAGACGAAGAACUAGUGAUUGCAUGCCGCGAUAAGAUUCAAGAGGAAGAUUCCAAGUCGGUUGAUGAGGCCGAGAGACGAAGAUUGACAUGGGAGCGGUUGGAAAUAACUGCCCUUGGUAAUAUCUCUGCAUGCAUAGCUGCUACUUGCUGAAUCCUCCUUCUGUGUUGUUGUUUUGUAGUCUAUGUAUUUUCCGAGUUUCAUAAUUGUAAACAUUUAGUGUAUUUGUGUUUCACGCUAAUGAAUAUGCAUGUCCUUUUGCCAAUAAUAAAUAAGUUUAUGUCAAAUGCACGCUUUUUUCCUUGCA